AUGUUGAUGCCUGUAUUUGAACUAGUAACUGAAAUUGUCAGGUUUGUUUUCGAUUGCCCUCUACGAAUCGUUCCUGAGGCACCGCUUAUGCAUAAUCCAUCGCUCAAUCAAGGAGGUCAGAUUAGUUCCUUUACUUUUGCUGGCAAUCGGGACAUAAUGCAAAAUAGAACUGCUGAGGCUGUUAGCUGCCAUUCCAAGGUGAAACUUGAGGAUGCAAUUAAGGAGACUGGUCUUCAAAUUAAACACCAUGAUGAUAACAUCAAAUUCUUAGAGGGUCAGAAGAACAGGUUGGAUGAUUCAAUUUUGGAUUUAGAAGCUGCUCUCGCCAAGACUUAUUCAGCAAGUGGAACUGGUUCUGAAAAUAAGGAAUCUUCCAAUGGGCAGAAUGAGGAGGAAACAAUUGAACAAAUCUUAAGUUUUGAUAAAUCUGCAGCUGCCAUCUGUGUCCAGCUGCAAAAGCGUACUGGAUCUCAGAUUACUAAUAUUCCAUUUAUGAAGGACAUAAUAGGAAUUGUUGCUUUGCUUGGGAAGGUUGACGACGACAAUCUCAGCAGGACUCUCUCAGAUUAUCUUGGGCAAGGAACCAUGUUAGCAGUUGUUUGCAAGUCGCGUGAUGGACUUAAAGCACUGGAAACAUAUGAUAAGGAAGGUCUUAUAAUUAAAAGUUCUGGUCUUCAUGGAGUUGGAGCUUCAAUUGGGAGACCUUUGGAUGACCGGUAUCUUGUAAUCUGUCUUGAGAACUUAAGACCAUACACCGGUGAAUUUAUUGCUGAUGACCCUCAGAGAAGGUUGUCCAUAAAGAAGCCAAGAUACGUCAACGGGGAAACUCUUCCUGGUUUUCUUGGUUUUGCUGUCAAUAUGAUCGAUAUUGACACUGAUAACUUAUAUUGUGUUACAAGCACUGGUCAUGGCCUGAGAGAGACCCUCUUUUAUGGACUCUUCUCACAGUUGCAAGUAUACAAAACAAGGGCAUACAUGAUGCAGGCACUACCCUUUAUAGCUGAUGGAGCCAUAUCAUUGGAUGGUGGGAUCAUAAAGAGUGGUGGUAUAUUUUCCCUAGGCAAAAGGGAAGUACAGAUCAAAUUUCCAAAGAGUUGUGGAAGGUCAUAUAUACCUGAAAGCUAUUUUGAAACUGAGAUCCGGAUGAAGGAGCUGAAGUGGGAAAGGUGUAUGAUCUAUUGUCGCCGUGUAUGCAGCCAUAGUGAGAUCCUGCAGUAACUUGUAGUAGAGUGUUUAUACCGGUCUUGAUUCUUUUCACGACGUGGGCUAUGAUAAACAAGUGGUUAUGGAGAAGAUUGAAGGAAAGGCAGACAGUGCAGCUGUUGUUGUCCACAAGAUGCUCAGAUCAC